AAUUCGAUAAUAAAAUGCAGCUUACCCGCCUUUUACUGAAGCCUCAAGCCUCGGAAGUAUUGACCGCAUAUUUGAAGCAAUGCCAUGAGCCACCCUGGACAUCAUAUUUCGUGAAGGUACGAAUCGUUUGACUCCGCCGGAGGAAUACUGCCGAAGCUAACGAAGAUAGUGCUCCAAAUCCAGUUCCGGGAUGUGGCCAACGACCAGAGGGGAAUGUCUCACUUCAACUGGACUCUGGACAGUGGAACCAACUACCACAUACUGCGCACCGCCUGUUAUCCGUACAUGAAGUAUCACUGUAGCAAGAGGGAGGUGCAGGAUCUUUGGCUGGAGGACAAGUUCUUUCGGUUCCUAAAGGUUAUCAAUUUGGGCUUACCAAUGCUCUUCUAUGGACUGGCUGCCAUCCGUCUAAUUAGUCACACGGAGAUCGUUCAUGUCAGCGAAACGGUGAAAGUUCCCAUAUAUUUUCUAUAUGCUGAGGACAAAGGUGCCAGCUUUUGAACAGCCAAAUUGUGAAUUGUGAGGGAUAGCCUUCUUAUCUAGUAUGUUCAUAAUUUCAAUAUGUUAAACAAUUUGUAAAGUACCAACUUAACAAUGUUUCUGAAGACUACAAAGAAGUUGUCCAGCUCAUUCUGGCCAAUGAAUAGAAUAUAACUUUGUAAAUUUAUCAUCCAA